AAUUGGGGGGCUCUCGUCUCCCUCGUUCGUUCCCUUCCCGAACAGACAAGUCUGCGCAUUUCGCAGGCCAACGUCGUCGGGUCUUCGAUACACCUCGUGGCUACCUCUUUGACUCCAUUUCGACCCCUUUUGAUCGAAGCUUUCUUCGUUUCCCCAAGCUCGGCGCUUGUGGGUGGGAGUUCUCUGGGAUUAUGGCCACCGCCAUGGAUAAAUUCCUCCACAAGCUCCGCAAUUUGGAUGCUUACCCUAAAAUCAACGAAGAUUUUUACAGCCGCACUCUCUCCGGAGGUGUUAUCACUGUGGUCUCUGCCGCUGUUAUCCUCUUCUUGUUCUUCUCUGAGCUAAGUUCAUACCUCUAUACAGUUACUGAGACUAAGCUUCUAGUGGAUACUUCAAGAGGGGAAAGCUUACACAUCAAUUUUGAUGUCACUUUUCCUGCUGUUCAAUGUUCAAUACUCAGUUUAGAUGCAAUGGAUAUUAGUGGGGAGCAGCAUCUUGAUAUAAGACAUAAUAUAGUCAAAAAAAGAAUCGAUGCCAAUGGUAAUGUGAUAGACACCAAGCAAGAUAGAAUUGGUGCACCAAAGAUUGAGAAGCCUUUACAGAGACAUGGUGGCAGACUUGAACACAACGAAAAGUACUGUGGUUCAUGCUAUGGGGCAGAAGAGUCGGAUGACCAUUGUUGUAAUUCUUGUGAAGAUGUGCGUGAUGCAUACAAGAAAAAGGGUUGGGCACUAUCAAAUAUGGAUUUGAUUGACCAGUGUAAAAGAGAAGGUUAUAUACAGAGUGUAAAAGAUGAAGAAGGCGAAGGAUGCAAUAUCCAUGGAUCCCUUGAAGUUAAUAAGGUGGCCGGAAAUUUUCAUUUUGCCACUGGGAAAAGCAUCCAUCAGGCGACUAUCUUUCUGGCUGAUCUGAUUGCUUUUCAGGAUAAUCAUAAUAUCAGCCAUCGAAUCAACAAGUUAAGUUUUGGUGACCAUUUCCCUGGAUUGGUAAAUCCUCUUGACGGGGCACAAUGGGUGCAAGGACCAAACCAUGGCAUGUACCAGUAUUUCAUCAAGGUGGUCCCUACAGUUUACACAAACCUUUGGGGUCGUGUUACCUAUUCAAAUCAGUAUUCUGUGACAGAGCAUUUCAAGGGUUCAGAGUUUGGUGCAGUUCCUGGAGUCUUUUUCUUUUAUGACAUAAAUCCAAUUAAGGUCAACUUUAAGGAGGAACAUGUUCCAUUUUUACACUUCCUGACCAACAUUUGUGCCAUCGUUGGAGGUAUAUUCACUGUUGCCGGAAUAGUAGAUUCAUUCGUAUAUUAUGGUAAGAGAACAUUGAAAAAGAAGGUGGAGAUUGGAAAGUAUGGGUGAUGUGGGCACCAUUUAACUCUCGUUGAUUGAAUCUGCAUGUGAUGAUGUACUUGGCUUCUUGGUGCAUUGUAUGUUGAUCAAAAUGUGAUCAUGUAAAAGUACCAUAAUUUUGUGACCUUGUGGAAUGAAUUUUUCUUGAUUUUACAUCCCAGAUCCUUCACGUU